CAUUGGCAAUAUGCUCACAAACAAUUAUACCAAAAUAUAGCUAUUCAUAGUCGAGCUAAUUGUAGUCAAGGACAAAAUAGAAAAACACAAACACAAUCUAAUAAUACAGAGGCUGAGGAUAUGUAUAAAGUAGAAUACUUACUACUAGUUACUACUACUGGCUUGAUUAAAAAAGUUCGUGUAGCAAUUUAUUUGUCAAUAGACAAAUUGUGA